GAUAAUGAAGAAGAAGUGCUACUAAGAGAACUGAUCCCUUCCUUUGGCAAAAGUGUGAUAGAGUUCCAAUUGGCCUCUGCUAAGUCCUAUAAUGCUGCUUUAAAGGAUCAGGAGUUGGAUACGGAGGAACAGUAUUCUGCCCAGCAAGAUCUGUUCGAGGACGGGGAAGUCGUAACCUCAGAAGAUACUUUUGGAUCGAUUCAACCAGAAUUCAAGUCGUUCACUCCCCGGCACAAGCCAAUGGUCUAUCCACAUCACCCCUCGCCUAGUAAACCAAAAUCGAAGUCGGUACCUCCUCGGCGCAGGCCCAUGAUAUUUCCUCAUCAGUCACCCCCUCCUGCCCCUCCCAUGCCGCCUGGGGCUUUCUCCGGUGUUCCGGACCCAAUGGCUGGUGGAUCAAUUCCACUUCCCAGAACUGGGGACGAUAUUCUGAAUGCAAUGCUACAGUCUUGGUAUGUGUGCGGAUAUUACACUGGUUACUACCAACGAGACUCAAAGGAUCCUAAAUAAACAAUAUAUUUAUGUUAAGUACUUGUUGAUAGAUAAAUGUAAUUUGCAAGAUAUAAAUGUAAUAAUAGUGAUUUUUGUAUUUGCUAUAAAUGUAAUAAUAGUGAUUUUUGUACUUGCGAUAACGUCAUCUCAGUUUGUUUUACUGUAAUUUAAAAAGUUUACAAUGAUUAAAUAUAUUAUAAUUUAUA